AUGGAAGCAUCCAACGGCUCCGGCAGCCGACGCCCCCGCACGAGCAUCAACGAGAAUGACUCGGCCGCCCUGGCGCGCCUUGGCGUCCAGCAGGAGCUGGAACGCAACUUCUCGACGGUGUCGAUGCUCGGGCUGGCCUUUGCCAUUCUCAACAGCUGGACGGCCCUCUCGGCCUCAUUGUCCUUGGCCCUGCCAUCGGGCGGGCCCAGCGCCGUCCUGUGGGGGCUCAUUGUCGCUGGCGUCUGCAACCUCUGCCUGGCGGCCUCGCUGGCCGAGUUCCUGUCCGCCUACCCGACUGCGGGCGGGCAGUAUCACUGGGCCGCCAUCGUGGCCUGGCCGGCUGCCGCGCGCGCCGCGGGCUUCGUCACCGGCUGGAUCAACGUCGCCGCCUGGGUGUGCCUGACCGCGACCGGCGGCCUGCUGGGCAGCCAGCUCGUCGUGGGCGCCAUCGCCCUUGUGCACCCGGACUAUGUGGCCGCGCCCUGGCACCAGUUCCUCAUCUACAUCGCCUACACGCUCGCGGCGCUGCUCAUCAACGCCACGGCGUCUCGUCUACUCCCCGCCUUCACCAAGGCCGCCUUCUUCUGGUCGCUGGCCGGCUUCGCCAUCAUCAGCAUCACCGUGCUGGCGUGCGCGCCGGUCCGUGGUAGCGGCUUCCGCAGCGGCGCCUUCGUGUACGGCGCCUUCAUCAACACCACUGGGUGGCCCGACGGCCUCGCGUGGCUGCUGGGCCUGCUGCAGGGUGCUUUUGCGCUCACGGGCUUCGACGCCACCAUCCACAUGAUCGAGGAGUUGCCAAGCCCGCAGCGGGACGGCCCGCGCAUCAUGCUGUGGUGCAUCGGCAUCGGCAUGUUCACGGGUUGGGUGUUCCUGAGCUGCCUCCUCUUUGUCGUCGACGACGUCGACAACGCCAUCGCCUCAUCGGCCGGCCCGCUCCUGUACAUCCUGCAUGCCGCGACGGACAGCACGGCCGGCGCCAUCUGCCUGCUGAUGUUCCCGCUGGUGUGCAUGCUAUUCACAACCACGUCCAUCAUGGCCACGUCGAGCCGCAUGAGCAUGGCCUUUGCGCGAGAUCGCGGCCUGCCGUUCAGCAGGCUAUUUGCCAAAGUGAACCGCCACCUGGGCGUUCCGUUGUACGCCCUGCUGUGGACCACAGCAUGGGUCAUCAUCUUUGGCUGUGUCUUUCUCGGGUCUUCUGACGCCUUCAAUGCCAUCGUCUCGGCAAGCGUUGUGGCAUUGGGAGUCACGUAUGCUAUCCCGCCGACGAUCAACUGCCUGAGACGACGACGGAUGCUCCCAGAGACUCGACCUUUCAAGCUGAAUGGUUGGGUAGGCUGGACGGUCAACCUGGUUGGAAUCGCCUGGACAGCUCUGACUACCGUUCUCUUCGUCUUUCCUGCCGAGAUCCCCGUGACGUCCACAAACAUGAACUACUGCGUGGUUGCAUUCGGCGUCAUUCUCAUCAUAGCAGUUGUCCAAUGGAUCAUUGAUGGGAGGAAGAACUACAAGGGCCCGCAAGUCGACAUCGAUGCUAUGAAUCAGGGGGAGAUUGUCGGCGCCACUGGAGCCACCCUCACACUGCCCGGGAGCGCCCAGGCUGCUGCUAAUGGCAGUGCAUUGGACGUGCAUUCGAAGGACUCGGGCACUGAAGAUCCGCCUGCGGAGAGACAGCAGGCCUGA